AUGUUCACAAAGGUGUUGUGCAUCGCCGCUCUGGUAGCCGCAGUGGCCGCCCAGUCCGACCAUGGCCACCACGGCCACCACCACGGCUACUCCUCGCAGCACAUCUCGCGCCACGACGGCAAACCUAAAAAAGUCACUGUUCAAGUAAAAGACAAACACGGACACGCUCAUGAAAUUCACGAUUACUACGCCCACCCUAAGUACGAGUUCGAGUACAAAGUAGAAGACAAGCACACUGGCGACCACAAGACUCAGCACGAGCACCGUGAAGGUGACGACGUGAAGGGCUUCUACUCCCUGCACGAGCCUGAUGGCUCUGAAAGGCACGUCGACUACCACAGCGACAAGCACACUGGGUUCCACGCCACCGUGAAGCACAACACCCACCACCUCGUCCCAGAGCACCACCAUCACCACUAUGUGCUUGUCGCUAUGGUAGUCGACUUUCCUUUCGGAACCAUCAGGCUCGUGCAGGGAGUAGAAGCCCUUCACGACGUCUCCAUCGCGGUGCUCGUGCUGGGUCUUGUGGUCUCCAGUGUGCUUGUCCUCCACUUUGUACUCGAACUCAUAUUUAGGCAUGAAAUUAUAAUACAGAAGAUUUUGAACUCACCCAGUGUGCUUGUCGCUGUGGUAGUCGACUUUCCUUUCGGAACCAUCAGGCUCGUGCAGGGAGUAGAAGCCCUUCACGUCGUCUCCAUCGCGGUGCUCGUGCUGGGUCUUGUGGUCGCCGGUGUGCUUGUCCUCCACUUUGUACUCGAACUCAUAUUUAGGCUGGACUUCACAACAAUAACAAUGUUCUCCAAGGUGCUGUGCUUCGCCGCUCUGGUGGCUAUAGUAGCCGCCCAGUCCGACCACGGCCACCAUGAGCACCACCACGGCUACUCCUCGCAGCACAUCUCGCGCCACGAUGGCAAAGCUGAGAAAGUCAGCGUUAAAGGACACGAUGGACAUGAACACCACUAUGAUUACUAUGCCUAUCCUAAAUACGAUUUUGAGUACAAAGUAGAGGACAAGCACACCGGUGACCUCAAGACCCAGCACGAGACCCGCGACGGAGACGUUGUAAAGGGCUACUACUCCCUGCACGAGCCUGAUGGUUCCGUCAGAGACGUCCACUACCACAGCGACAAGCACACCGGGUUCCACGCCACCGUCAAGCACAACACCCACCACGUCGUCCCAGAACAUCACCAUCACCACUAAACUAAGACCUAGUCAU